AUGUCCAACGCCGCGACGUCAUUAGGCAUGGCGCAUCACACCGCAACAGCCGCGACAUCACUACCUCGGCAUCACGCCGUCGCUGAGACAGGAAUGGCGCAGCGGCAGCACUAUCAUCAGCAGCAUCAACAGCACCACCAGCACCACCAGCAGCAUAACUCAUCAAUUCGGCAUCCCGUCUUCUUCACGGAGAAGCUGCGGCGGCCGCCAGUCACCCUGGCGCCUGGCAUGGGCCUCAGUCCCGUAGCGCACGGCUACGUCUAUCAGGAUGGGCGGAGGAGGCUGACGGCAGAGGGAAAUUCUGCGCCGAAGCUGUGA